GUGGCGGGUCGGCACAGCCAUUUUCCGCCAACCCAGAAGCCGGCCAGCCAGGGAUUUUUCGGAAUCGAUUGACAAGAGCUCAAGCACGCAGUUGCAGCCGCGAACCAUUGAAUUGUCAAUUGACGACGGCCCCUCCUACCAUGAUCUCCAGAUCGGCCUUAACGAGGGGCAGCCAGCUGGCCCUUCGCAGCCAGGGCGCUGCGAAGCUUGCGCAGCGCGGAUUUGCGGCAGUUGCAUCGCCCAAGGCGUCUUACGAGCCCGCCACCGUCGCCGGAAUCAAGGUCGCCUCGAGGGACGAUCAAGGCCCAACAACCCAUCUCGCCGUCGUUGCCAAAGCCGGCACCCGCUACGAGCCCCUCCCGGGUCUGACGGUCGGGCUUGAGGCGUUCACUUUCAAGAACACCAAAAAACGUUCCGCCCUGCGCAUCGUCCGCGAAGCCGAGCUUCUGGGAGGCCAAUUGGCCGCAUACCACACUCGGGAAGCUCUCGUGCUCCAGGCCAGCUUCCUCCGCGAAGACCUUCCCUACUUCACCGAGCUCCUAGCCGAGGUCAUCACCCAGACCCGGUACACCACCCACGAGUUUCACGAGGAGGUCGAGUCUGUAAUCCACGCCAAGCAGGCCAAGAUUGGCGCCGAUGCUAUUGCUCUCGACGCUGCUCACUCGGUUGCCUUCCACACCGGCUUGGGUGCCCCUCUCUACCCAACCCCUAGCACUCCGAUUGCAUCCUACCUCAACGAAAACUCGGUCGCCCAGUACGCCGAUGCCGUUUACAACCGGGCCGACAUUGCCGUAGUAGCUGAUGGCGCAAGCGAAGGUGCUUUAUCCAAGUGGAUCGAGCCCUUUUUCAAGGAGCUGCCUUCUCAGUCCCCCGACCCAUUGGAUUCCGCUGCCUCCAAGUACCGUGGUGGCGAGGUGCGGAUUCCCAAGACAGGCUCGAGCGCGCUGGUUAUUGCCUUUCCCGGCUCUGCUCUCGGCGCAUCUCAGCCCGAGACAGCGGUCCUCAUCGGCUUGCUAGGCGGCGAGUCUGGCAUCAAGUGGUCCCCUGGCUUCACUAUCCUCUCCAAGGCUACGGCCGCCAACCCCGGCGCUCAUGCCAAGGCGACAAACUAUGCCUACUCGGACGCCGGCCUCCUUACCAUUGAGAUUACAGGCUCGGCCUCUGUCGUCCGCAAGGUCGCCGAGGAGUCGAUCAAGGCCCUGAAGAGUGUUGUCGAUGGCUCAGUCUCUAAGGAGGACCUAGUCAAGGCUAUUGCCAAGGCCAAGUUCGACCUCUUGUCUGGGAGCGAGACCGCUGGAGUCGGCCUUGUACACGCUGGCGCGAACCUCAUCCACGGCGGAAAGCCCCUGCAGGUGCUCGAGACGAUCAAGGCUUUGGAGUCUGUGACGGCGGAGAAGUUCAAGACUGCGGCCAAGGCGCUGUUAGACGGCAAGGCAUCGGUGGGUGCGGUGGGUGAUCUGCACGUUCUGCCCUUCGCGGAGGACCUUGGACUCCGGGUAUAAAGCGACGGAACCGGAAAAUGUAUCAACAGCAUCGGCCGAUUGUAGACUUGCGGCUCGUCGUUUGUGCAUAUUGUAGUAGCCUCUAGACUUAACCCUCUUCCUAUUUUAAUCGCACGGCAGAGACGGAAAGAACUGCCUAGGGACGGCCGACCUGCCAAUGACCGACUUGUAAAAAUUCACCUCUCAUGUAUUGAACGUGUCUGAGGGAGACUUGGCUGACUGACUUGAGUGACAGUCUGGGAAAGCUAGGCCCCGAGUUUUGGUGAAGACUACCAAUACAAACCAUGCGACAAAUUAAUUCUUAGAUAUAAUAACUAAAGGCAAAAAAACAUAGGCGG